UUUGACAUACUGUUUUGCAACACUGGCACAUUUGUUUUUAGUUUUUAUUAACAUGCAAAUUUCUUAUCAGUUUGUUUUUGGUUUCACCAUUUUUCUAUGCAGAAAUUUGUUUAAUUGAUUGAUUAUUGUGAAAAAGCACAGCUGAAAGGUAGAAUGCCGCCCACAGAGACUCUGAGGCCUGGGGAACGUGGGGGAUCGUCCGCUGGCGGAUCAGGAGCCGCAAUCAGUGGCGGCCCUGAACAUACAUAUAUUAUUAGACAGAGCAACAAAAGUUAUGAGCACCGGGACUCCCAGGCCACUGCCAUGUCGGUGGAUUAUUCUGGUCAGUGGGUGCUGUUGGCGGGACGAGGCCACUUAGCCUUGCAGCGACUGGGCCAGGACGACGGUACAUUACGCCGCCACGAGCGCCAGUCCAAGUACGAGGUCUCAGUGGCCGAAUUUGCCAUAUGUCCAAGUCGCAAAGAGUACUGCGCAAUAGCGACGAGCCAGCACAUAGACAUCGUACGCUGGGGUACAUCAGAGCCUUUCUAUGAAAACUCCCUUCGUGGGCAUACACGCACUGUGACCGACAUCGAUUGGCACGGAAAGGAUCCUAACCUGCUGGUCAGCUGUUCCAUUGAUACAUUCUCUCACAUCUGGGAUCUUAGGGAGCCGAGGAAGCCCGCCUUGUCUUUGAAUGCCGUCUGCAUGUCGGGUGCCACCCAAGUGGGCUUUAAUCGCGUGUCCGGACAUCUUUUGGCAGCGGCUCAUGAUGGCGAUCUGCGAAUCUGGGAUAUUCGCAAAGGUAGCUGCCCCACGCACUAUAUCACGGCGCAUUUGAACAGAGUUCACGGCAUCAAUUGGAGUCACAAAAGAGAGACCUGCUUAGCCACCGCCAGCCAAGACGGAACAGUCAAGUACUUUGAUGUAUGCAAUCCUCGUCGAGCCGAGAAAAUAAUCACUACCAUGUCACCUGUUUGGAGGGCGCGAUAUACACCCAUAGGAAAUGGCCUGGUGAGCAUUGUUGUACCCCAUUUAGGCCGCGGGGAGAAUAGCCUUUUGUUAUGGAGUAAUAGCAAGCAAACAGAUCCUAUAUGCUCCUUUGUUGGACACACUGAUGUCAUCCUCGACUUUGCCUGGCGCCCCAAUCGCGAGACAACUACAGAAAUUGAACUGGUCACCUGGUCCAGAGAUCGCACACUUCGAGUUUGGAAAAUAGAUGACAAUAUGCUGAAUCUUUGCGAACCGUCUGCUGAGGAGGAAGAACCUCGAUUCGAGCCAGACUUGAGUGAGUUGCGGGCACCCACACCGCCAGAAUUUCUGCAUCCGCGUUCCACGAUGACAGCUGCCUCGCUUCCCAUCUCUACUGGCGAUGGAGCAUCCAACACCCUUCCAAUGGCUCGCUCGCCAAGUUUCGGUUACUAUCGUCGCGAAGAGCCACACAUAGCCAGAUCUUUGACAGAUCAACCAACUUGUUCCCUGCACCACGAGUUCUCGCUGCUGAACACUAACAUGCCGCAUGUGGAGGUGGACAUGCUGGAUGCCAUCAAGCGAUAUGCCUGCUUUAAGAUAUCCGCCGGUGGUCACACGGUUAUACUGCAAGUUACCUUUGCAACCUCGUAUCCCAGUCCUAGUGCACCACCCGAAUUUCAGCUCUGCCAGGGGACUACGCUAUCCAGUGAUGUGAGCGGAAUUUUGUUGAAAGUGCUCCGCUGCAAUGCCCUGCAGCGCGUGAAGAAGUCACGCACCUGCUUAGAGCAGUGCCUGCGAGCCCUAGUGGCAGCCAUGAAAAAAAAAAUAGCGGCUGUCGCAGGUGAAGGUGGGGCGGAUCGCAGCCAGCUUCUUUUGCAGUCUCCUCGUUUGGAAGGAGCACUCUCUAGUGCACUUCACGAUGCCUGCAUUCCUUAUCCGCGCACCUCAGGCGUGCACUUCAACGCGAUUGGUCUGCUGACCACCUUCUCCCAGCCGGUAAACAAGCGGCUCACCCUCAGGCAACACUCGGCCCUAGCCCCAAGGACUCUUUCCUCAAUCAAUGGGAGCUGCUUGUUGGGUAAUGUUAUGGCAACAGCCCAACGUGAUGCGAAUGCCUCUUUUUACCUCCAGGAACGGAUGAUAGCUGGAAAACCAGGCAAGCAGCGUGCCAUUCGGCAAAUGAACGGCUCUCCAGUUGUCCAUGUGUACGAUGCCAGCAGCCUCUUGCACAUUAAUAGAUCCAUGGCCAGGGAGUUCUCAAUCGAUAAGCUCGACAUUGCGAAAACCUGCCGUAGGAACGGCGAGGUAUGUCGCAAUCACGGGCGGACUGACUUGGUACCCGUUUGGCUCCUGGCUGAGCUUAUAGCAACGCCUCAAGUUCAGCAUGAUCCUUUUAAAAAGUCCCUUCUAGAGUCGCUGAUCAUGCACUAUGCCAUUUCUGGAGACAUCCAAACAGCUGUGCUGCUGGCAUGCUUAUUCGACAAGUGUCCUGCGUCCGGAGGUAGCACAAUGGAUAUAGUUGGAAGGUUGCCGUUACAGCUGAACUCUCAAAUUUCUCCGUACCACACCGUGCUUCCGCUGGAAGUGAAGUCCUCAUCCUCGCACAACACGUGGCAGCAACUAAAACAACUCCGUAGCAAUUCAUGGUCGGACUCUUUAGAUCUGGAAGUCAGACAUCUACAGUCUGAUGGCUAUACUUGUUCUUUGAUUAGACGCGCAAAGGUCCCUCUCUUCGAUCAGUUUAAGCGGGCGUACGCUGAGAUCCUCUUCGGCUGGCAGCUGCUCUCGAAGCGGGCCCUCAUCCUCAAGCACACCCAGAACCCUCCGCCAACUGUACAGGGAGUGGAGUUCGUCACCGAGUGCGGUUCGUGCGCCAAGCCAAAAAGGACACCGAAAUGUGAGCCGUGUAAGCGACCCGUCCUAUUCUGCGUGCUCUGUCGCCUUCCCGUUCGAGGAGCAGCCAACGCCUGUCUAGCCUGCGGACACGGCGGCCACAUUGAUCAUAUGAUGCAGUGGUUCGAAAAUCACAAGGUGUGUGCCACGUGCGGAUGUAGUUGCUUGGAACGCACCUCGAGUCUCCUUGCCCUUCUGAGCUGAUGGCUUCUCUUGUU